CGCGCGGGGCCGAUCGGCGGAGGCUCUGGAGCGCGAGUGCGCGUGCGCGAGCGGCGGGGCUUCUUCGCGGGCCGUCGGGGAGCCGAGCGCCGAGCGCCGGUCCUGAGUUGGUGAUCAAUUGGUUGUGGUCCAACAUGCAGCAGUAAGUGAGCUGUGAAAAGCUGCAGAGCCUGUGGGUCGUGAGGAUGCACAUGUGUUUGAAGGUUUCUACACCCUCUGCGUCAGGACGGAAUCAUGAAUAAACUGCAGGAUAAGCUGGACCAGAUGAUACCAUGAAGAGAAGUUUACAGGUCCUCUAUUGCCAACUGUUAAGCUUCCUCCUGAUCUUGGCACUGACCGAAGCACUGGUAUUUGCUGUCCAGGAACCGUCUCCCAGGGAAUCUCUUAAGGUCCUCUCCUCAGGCACCAUGCUGACAACGCUGCACAACUCUACUAGACACCCUUCCAUGAUGACGCUGACAUCCCAUCCCAAUGGACCCUCCUCUCAGGCUGCAGCUCCCACAACAUCAAUGAUGGCCCAUGCAGACGGGCACCCUUCAGCAAACACAGGCUCUGUCAUCAUGGCGACGGCAACCACUCCCCAUUCUGAAGGCCCCCUAUCUACGGGACACCUGCCAGCUGCCAUGGCAAGCACAUCCGCCCUCUCAGAGGGUCACCCCCCAGGGAAUGCUGACCCCACCGUCCUGCCAACAAAGUCAUCAGGCCAAGCCCCCAGCCACCCGAGCACAGUGCAGCACCCUCGGGCCACCACCCGGAGGCCUCCUAGGCCUCCUGGCUCUUCCCGAAAGGGGGCUGGUAGCUCAUCACGCCCUGUACCUCCUGCACCUGGCAGCCACUCUGGGAGGAAGGAAGGCCAGCGGAGACAAAAUCAGAGCUCCACACACCUGGGACAGAAGCGCCCCCUGGGGAAGAUCUUCCAGAUCUACAAAGGCAACUUCACAGGAUCUGUGGAAUCAGACACCUCUUUCCUAACCCCCAGACCUCCACUCUGGGACUAUUCCUCCUCACCACGGUCCCAGACAGUGGCUGCAACCACAGCACCCAGCAGUACUUUCUGGCCCCCAGCCACCCACCCUCUAUUGCCAGCAGAGGACAAGCUAGGCCUCAACAGGGCAGACCAGGGUGGUGGUUCCACUUUCACUGGCCAAGGACUGGAGCCGGACACCACAGCAGCCUCAGGUGCCCCGACCCGUCCACAGCCUGCCCCAGUGCCUUCUCAGCCUCCUCGUGGUGACCUGCAGGAUGGCCCCAGCCACAGUGAAUCUUGGCUUGCUGUCACCCCUGGCAUCAGCCGAUCACUGCCUGCCAGCUCUGGGGUCUUCACAGCCACCACAGGACCCACCCAGGCUGCCUUUCAUGCCAGUGUCUCAGCCCCUUUCCAGGGGAUUCCUCAGGGAACAUCCACAACCCCACAGGCACCAGCCCGGCCUCCUGGGGUUCCAGAAGGCACUGUCUCUCGAGUUGAGAAGGAAACUACAGUCACCCCCACCAUGGCCAACAGGGGAUCCCAUCCUUUCUCCACAGUGUUGUCCACAGCCACAGGGAACUUCCUCAACCGCCUGGUCCCUGCCGGAACCUGGAGGCCUGGAACCGCAGGGAACAUCUCACAUGUGGCUGAAGGGGACAAGCCCCAGCACAGAGCCACCAUCUGCCUGAGCAAGAUGGACAUUGCCUGGGUGAUCCUCGCCAUCAGUGUACCCAUCUCUUCCUGCUCCAUCCUGAUGACAGUAUGUUGCCUGAGGAGGAAAAAGAAGACGGCCAACCCUGAGAACAACCUGAGCUACUGGAACAACGCCAUCACCAUGGACUACUUCAACAGGCAUGCUGUGGAGCUACCCAGGGAGAUCCAGUCCCUGGAGACCUCUGAGGACCAGCUGUCAGAACCCCGCUCCCCAGCCAACGGCGACUACCGCGACACUGGGAUGGUCCUUGUGAAUCCAUUCUGUCAAGAAACACUGUUCGUGGCAAAUGAUCAAGUCUCUGAGAUCUAACUAUAGCAGCCUUUGCUUUACCCCUCUCUAUUUUUCAUCUCUAAAUUAUAAAUAUACAAAUAUAUAUAUAUAUUAUAAAUAUAACCUUUAUGUAACUAUGACUGAAUAAGAGACAUUUCAGCUUUUUUUUUUUCCCCUAACAAUUGUCAACAUCUUUUUUUGUACGUGUGCUUUAAAAAAGAACUUUGCAGAACGAUCUGUGGCUUUAUAAAAUAAAGAUAUUUCUA